AUGAAGGUGCUACCUGCCUCUGGCCUCGCUGUCCUUGUCACAGCUUUAAAGUUUGCCACUGCAGGCCCCAACCUACUGGCAGCCACCCCUAGGACCUUCAGGAGCAACUACCACCUCGCACAGGCCUAUCUUGACAAGUAUUACACAAAGAAAGGAGGCCCCCAGGCUGGCGAGUUGGUGGCAAGAGAAAGCAACCCCAUGGUCAGGAGGAUUAAGGAGCUACAAAUGUUUUUUGGCCUCAAAGUCACUGGGAAGUUGGACCAGAAUACAAUGAGUGUGAUCAAGAAGCCUCGCUGUGGAGUUCCUGAUGUGGCUAACUACCGCCUCUUCCCAGGCGAACCCAAGUGGAAAAAAAACAUUUUGACAUACAGAGUCUCUAAGUACACACCCUCCAUGAGUCCCCCUGAAGUGGACAAGGCUAUACAGAUGGCCCUGCAUGCAUGGAGUACGGCUGUCCCGCUGAACUUCGUUAGAAUAAACUCUGGGGAAGCAGAUAUCAUGAUAUCUUUCGAAACCGGAGAUCAUGGGGAUUCCUACCCAUUUGAUGGGCCUCGAGGGACUCUGGCCCAUGCAUUUGCACCUGGAGAAGGCCUGGGAGGAGACACACAUUUCGACAAUGCUGAGAAGUGGACUAUGGGAACGAAUGGAUUCAAUUUAUUCACCGUUGCUGCUCAUGAAUUUGGCCAUGCUCUGGGCCUGGGCCAUUCCACAGACCCGUCGGCGCUGAUGUACCCAACUUACAAGUACCAGAACCCCUAUAGGUUCCAUCUCCCCAAGGAUGAUGUGAAAGGGAUCCAAGCAUUAUACGGACCCCGGAAAACAUUCCCAGGAAAACCCACCAUGCCCCAUAUCCCACCUCACAAGCCAUCCAUCCCUGACCUCUGUGACUCCAGCUCAUCCUUUGAUGCGGUGACAAUGUUGGGAAAAGAGCUUCUAUUCUUCAAGGAUAGGAUUUUCUGGAGAAGGCAGGUGCACUUGGCAGCAGGGAUCCGGCCCAGCACCAUCACCAGCUCCUUCCCCCAGCUUAUGUCCAAUGUGGAUGCGGCUUACGAAGUGGCUGAACGAGGCAUUGCUUUCUUCUUCAAAGGUCCUCACUACUGGGUCACUCGAGGAUUCCAGAUGCAAGGUCCUCCUCGGACAAUUUAUGACUUUGGGUUCCCAAGGCACGUACAACGAAUAGACGCUGCCGUCUACCUCAAGGAGCCUCAGAAGACCCUGUUCUUUGUGGGAGAGGAGUACUACAGCUAUGAUGAAAGAAAAAAGAAAAUGGAAAAGGACUACCCAAAAACCACUGAAGAAGAAUUUUCAGGAGUGAGUGGCCAUAUAGAUGCUGCCGUGGAACUGAAUGGCUACAUUUACUUCUUCUCGGGACCGAAAACAUUUAAGUAUGAUACAGAGAAGGAAGACGUGGUUAGUGUGGUAAAAUCCAGCUCCUGGGUUGGUUGCUGAAUCAUCAGGUCUAGUCUCUCCACAGGGAUGAAGAUCGUUGUGAGCAAGUGAUGACUGAACAUUCCAGACUAAGUGGUGUGUCAGAGACAGUCUUCUCCAGCCUUCAGUCAUGAGGGUGAUUGAAGCUUCCUUGAAAAUAACAACAAUUCUAUUGUUUUUCCUAAUAUUUGUUCACAAUUUUAAUCUAAAUGUGAAGCCACCUUUAUUCAGAAUCACAUAUUAUACCCUUUAGUUAAGUAUUCAUCUUUUUCUUACCUACUGUAGUAAAAAGACUAUGCACACACACACACACACACACACACACACACACAUGCACAUGCGCUGUAUAUAAAUAUUUCAUUAAGCAAGGUCAUCACCAUACAAAUUAUAAUUACUCUUUAAAAACAAUGUCCAUCAUUUACUGUGAUGGAUAUAAAUGUACUUAUUUGUGCUUUGAAGGUAUCAUAAACGAAAUGCACCUCCAGGUGUGUUCUUGGCUCUGGCUGUCCUCUGUGUCCCCACUGGCCUCUGAAGUGGGUUGGUAGACAAAUAUUCAAAUUAAUCUUCAUGCUCCCCAACAGUUGGACACUCUGCAACAGGGAACUUUUCUAACAAAACCCAAUAAAAAUGUUGUGUUAGAGGAGUUCCUCAUUUCUCUUUUCUGUUAAUAUUUACCAGCUUUUAUCAUGCUUUACUUGGCAACAAAUUCUGUGUACUUGUAGAAAAUGUAAAUGAUAGUAUCAUAAGUACAUAGAGCCAGGAAAAAUAACACCGCCUGAUCUAUUUCCUACUUCCUGGUAGCACCCCCAGUGGAGAUGUCUUUGAUCCACCUCAGUUUCUUCUAAACAGUUUUCUACUUAAGGAAAUUUAUUUUUUUGUUGUUGUUGUUUUACUUUCUACUUAAGGAAAUUUAUUUUUGUUGUUUUAGUUUGUUUUAAUUCAAGCUAAACCUUUUCUUCCCAGUUAUCAACACAGAAAGAGUAACUGUUAUUAGUCUUGUAGUUUUUAAAAAACUUUAGUAGUAUACUUCUAGAACCAGUCUAGAGAAACUCCACAACAUUUUAGUUCUAAAAUUGAAUAAUAGUUUUACUUCAUAGGUUACUUAGAAGAGCUACAGUUUAUGACACUUAUAACCUGUUAUUGUUAGCAAUGUUUAUUAAAUUUGCUUCAUAUACUCAUGAAAAGACUGACUGACACUCUGUUACCGCAAGUGUUCCAUUUGGCUUCUCUUUCUGAAAGUCACUGUGCAUACCCAACCAGACAUUGACUGCUGAAGUUGGUAUCUGGUAGCUUUGCUGUCUAAGCUCAAGGUGCCCGCCCUAUUGAGAAGCAAAGCCAUUUCACUUUUACUGCAGGCUGGAAAUGUCUUAGUAUCAAUAAGUAAAAGAAAACAAAAGCAAACAGGCUAGAGAGAUGGUUCAGAGGCUAAGACUGCUUGCUGCUCUUCCAAGGCCUGAGUUCAGUCUCCAGCACCCACAUGGACAAGGUACAACCAUCUGUUAACUCCGUUCCAGGUGGUCUGACCCUCUCUUGGGGCCUCCUUGGGCACCUGCAAAUACAUGUGCAUAUUGACACACAUGAAUAUAAAUGUAAAUAGUUUCAAAAGCAAGCAAAGAGCAAAGUGGUGUGGCGAGGCCUCACAAUGUGGAGCAGAAACCCAGCAACUGUGCUACUGUGUGUAUACCUUGAGAAGCUAAAGCAGAAAAGCUUGCACACCAGUGUUCACGGCAGCAUUAUUCACAAUGGCCAAAAGUGGAAAGAUGCCCACCACAUGAUGGAUGUGUGAAUAAAUGUGGUAGAUUCAGACAAUGAAAUGUGUAUUAAACCAAAAAAAAAAAAAUGAAGGGCUGAGACAUGCUAUAAUACGGAUAAAGUUUGAAAACUUCAUACUAAGUAAGAAGGUGGAUACAAAAGGUCAUAUGUUGUAUGAGUCUCUUUAUAUGAAAUGUUAAUGAUAGAAAAAUACGUAGAGACAGAAAGGAGAGUGUUUGUCAGAAGUUGUAGGGAGUAAGGCAGCUGGGGACGGAUAUAGCGUUUCUUUUCUGGGUGCUUGGAAAUGUUCUAGAACUGAUAGUAGUGAAGGUUGUACAAUUCUAUGAUGAUAGGAAAGCCACAGAAUUGUUCCUUUUAAAUGAGUGAAUUGUAUAUGCAUAAAUACAUAUAAAUAUCUUGAUAAAGUUCUUAUAAAACCAUGAAGAAGCAAGAAGAUCAAAAUGAUGUAGUAAGCCAUGAAAUUCCUGCGCUGUGGGAGCUGUGGCAAGAAGCAGAGAAAUGAGACGUCAGGCUGAAGGCAGUGACUACCGAGCAACCAGACGGACGCCUUCUCCGUGUUCAGCGCCGCCUGGGAGCUGAAGCCGGAAGCCGCGUCACUGUGCAGAGGGAUGCAGUGGAAACCAAUAAGGCGUGGCUCUGUGGACAGACUGGCUGCGUUCCGAGAACUUGUUCUCAACUAUGUGGUCUUCUUCAAAUUCUCACAUCUCUUCUUGGUUUCCUUCUCUGUACAACAAAUAAGAACAGCGCUUCACCUACUGGGAAUGCUCAGCAAUUUAAAGACAUGACUCAAAUUAUGCAAAGUUCAGAGAGUAGUUCUUUGUAGUCUUGAGGGGUUCACUAAUUAUUGUCCUCAAUAUGAUUAGCUAAUUUUGUUUUGAGAUAUUGUGGAGAAUUUGCAGACUUCCCUUGAGAUCUUACAAGAUCUGGUGACCUUAACAUCACAUGAAUUGAUAAUUAGUAACCUAGAAUUUUUCCUCUUUAAAUUUUAGAUUUUAAAUAAAAACUAGAAAAUGUACUGACUGUGGUUAAACCCCAUGGCCCAAAAAAAUAAUUCUCUCAAAUCGUUAUCAUGUCUUUGUUGAAUCAGGGGUGCA